UAAGAUUAUUUUAGUUACAUUUUUCACCUCCGAUCUAGAACGUAGUAGGGUGCUUUGCAAUACGAACAUCACGAAGGUCGAGUAGCUUGAUUUUCGAUAUAUAUCGAGGGUUGCAUGCGUUCCGGCUAAAAACGACGAUAAGUAUUUAGAAAAAAAAAAAAAAAAACUGAGAGAAGAAAGAAAAAUUACUUCAGAAGGAAUAUUCUAAGAAACAUCACGAUUACAAGAUCAUUAUAUAAUCCAGAUCUCGACGUGUUUCUCCGAGAGCUCCGGAAGAAGGAAAUAAUGACCAGUCAUUAGACGAUGGCUCAUUCUUCCAUCCUUCGACAAAAAUCAUCUACACGGAAGAACGUGCACAAUCUCAAUCUUCUUUAUCAAAUUUUUUAUAUGCGCGAUACAUCAAUUGUUUGUGUGAAAUUUUACUCUACGAUUUCUUAUUGUUUGUUCGAGUGUCAUUCCACGUUGUUAACUAAAUCACCAACGAUAUAGUGGAAGUGUAUUCAUUAUUCUUUCCGCAUAUUUUUCAUCAAACAGUGCAAUGUUAGAGUGUAAUCGAUGUGCUAUUUCCAUAGAAAAGUAUAUGUACAUCCGUAUAUGUUUUAAGUUUUUGACAUUUAAAUCCGUUCUCGAUCAAUCGAUAUAUCAUCAUCAUGGACACACGCAAAAUGUCCAACUGGAACGUGCUGAGCAUGGAAGCAGCUCUUCAACAGCUGAACAAUUUCGAUGAAGACAAAAAGGAAGUUACAAAACGGUCGAAUACGACGAUAGAAAAGCUGCCGGACAAAGUGCUGCUGAACGUCUUCUGCUACCUGUCUCAUCGUGAAAUAUGCGGGAUGGCACGUGUGUGCAAGAGAUGGCGGCAAAUCGCGUACGACACGCGACUAUGGAAGCACGUAUCCCUACGGCCGGAAAUCAGUGGGCUGCACGUGAAUUCCUUGGACAAUCUGCUGCACUUGAUCAGCACGCGUUUCGGAGCCUCGCUGAGGUACAUCGAGCUACCGAUCGAAUUGAUCACUCACACGGUUCUCCACGAGUUGGCCAACAAAUGUCCAAACUUGACGCACAUGCUGCUCGACUUUUCCACCGCCAUGCAGCUGCACGACUUCUCGGAAAUGCAAGCCUUCCCGACCAAGCUGAAGUACAUGUGCAUCUGCCUGUCAGAGGUAAUCUUCAUGGAGGGUUUUAUGAGGAAGAUUUACAAUUUCAUCAAUGGCCUGGAGAUCCUGCAUCUUAUAGGAACGUACGAGAAGGUGGAAGAAGAGGAGGAGGAAAUUUACGAAGUGAUAAACGUGCACAAACUGAAAUCAGCGACUCCUAACUUACGGGUGAUCAAUUUAUAUGGGAUCAACUUUGUGGACGAUUCGCACAUCGACGCGUUUUCUUCCAAUUGCAUCCAGCUCGAAUGCCUGGCCGUGAAUUUCUGUGCCAAAGUCACUGGCUCAACCAUGAAGACCCUGUUUCAGAGGAGCAGAAGAUUGAAGUGUCUUCUCAUGCAAGGCACAAAUCUUCAAAGCGAGUACGUGAUGCAGGUGGAAUGGGAAAAGUCGAGCAUCCAGGAGCUCGACGUCACCGCGACAGACCUGUCAACGGAAUGUCUGAUCGACAUGUUGUCCAGAAUUCCGGGCCUUCGUUUCCUGAGCGCGGGUCAGCUGAACGGCUUCAACGACAGCGUGUUAAAAGCCUGGGCCGAACUCGGCAAUGCUCGGAACCUGAUCGCCCUAGACCUGGACAGUUCCGACAACCUGACUGACGACGCUCUGCAUAAAUUCUUGUCGAGAUACGGUCAUCAACUCUGGGGACUCGCCUUAUCCGGCAUGCCUCACAUCACCGAUCAACUGUGGCAGAGUGUGCUGCCCAUACUGACCAAUGCCAAAAUUCUCGUGAUGGGAACACAGGAAAGAUUGGGCGUGAAUAUUCACGUGGAUCAGCUGAUGGACGGAAUUGCCAACAAUUGUCCAAAUUUAGAGCGACUGGAGCUCCGCUGGGAUCCGGAGAAUCUCCGGUUCUCCGACAAGAGCCAGAAGGCUAUAGACAUAUUACGCGUAAAGUGCAUUAAAUUACGAUGUUUAAGCUUGAGUCGAUGCGUUCGCAGCGAUGGAAGAUACUAUGAAAUAGUGAAGGCCAACUUCGAGCGUGCCGAUAGACUGACGGUUGUUCGUACGACAACGUGCUGCCGCGUGUCUAAUUACUACCUCUUAGCGAAUUAUAAGGAUUUGAUUUUCAAUUAACUAUCACGAUGUAAAUAUUCGUACGUACGCUGCUACGAGGAUUUUCAUUGACGAGUUUUUCCAUAAAAACGAAGUGUCGAGACGAACAAGCACAUCAAAGGGCGUAACGUAUCAAACGACAACUACGAUCAAACAACGAAUCUACCUGCGACUACUCAAGUGUAAUACUGUUCCCUAGCAUUACGAUAAGAAAUCAUGGCGCAAAAUAACAGAUGCAUAUUUUUUUACACUAUUUUCAAGCGUGUAGCGUGAGUAAACGAAAUUACAUCAACCCUGAAACUUUAAACUCGUUUGAACCAUUACCCGCACCAUUGUAUCGCGAGAGAAAGGAAGACGAAGCUAAAGAAUAGGGGAUACUGACUACGUAGUCAAUGAGAAUCAUUACGAUAAAUCUCGAGACAGGUAGAAAUACAAGAGACGCAGUUAUUUCUGAAUUGAUUGGACAACAUUCUGACAACACGUGGGGAAAAGUUUUAAAUGAAAAGUGCAACGUCAACGAGACAGAGGUACACGCACAAUAGCUGUACGUGACGGUAUCGAUUAUUCGCUAAUUUAUUCAUGCAGCCGUGUAGACGACGACGACGACGUCGCACUGGCCACGGCCGGUCGGUCGAUUCGCUCGAUUCCAUGCUCUAACCACAUGCCAGGCCCUUCGUUUAUGUGUUGCGUUAUAGUCGACGCAGAACCGUCGUGGCUGACACGACUUUUCGCAUGAUCCCCGAAACUUUUCGUCGAUCGUCGCGUUUCUUCCUCUCGUGCUCCUUUUAAUCCCGAUCUUCCCCAAUGUCUGAUAUCGAGGAGGAGCUGCUGGUAAAGAAGCUGAAGAUCGUCCUCGUCGGUGACUCUGGAUCCGGCAAAGUGAGUUUUCCAAUCCUGUCCGCAAUCGAGGUUUCUGGUUAACCAAAAGUGUUGUCCAAGUUUCCAUUCUUUUUUUUUUUCUUUCUUCUAUUUCUGUGCCACUUCUGCGUUUCCGUGAGAUCGACAGAAAUAUCGAUUUUGACUUUCGAUCGGAAUUUUUUUGGAGAGAUAUAUACAUAUAUAUGAGACACGUCGAUGUACACGAUUAAAUUAUUUCGUAGUUCAGCGUGCCUGAGCCUCGAAGAACGAAGCUACGUAUCGAUUUAUUUCUUUCGUGCGUUGUGGUCAGUGCCACUGUUAAACACACUUGCACAAACCGAACGUCUUAUAGUUAUUUCCUUCCUUCUAUACGUUCUGUUCCAGUUUACUUUUACCGAUGGUAAUAAAUGGUCAGUGUAAUAUUUUUCUCA